GGCGACUCAGCUUACAUCUUCUUCAUCGUCGACAACGAUGCAUCGACCGGAAAGCCAUGGUGUCCCGAUGUGCGAGCUGCCAUCCCGGUAGUGCAGAAGUACUUUGAGAAGAGAUCUGAAGAUAUCCUUGUUGUCAGCGUCGGGUCACGGCCAGAGUGGAAGAAGCCCGACAGCCCAUUUCGUACAAAAUGGGAUCUGAAGGCGGUGCCGACUUUCGUGAAGUACACACGGACUGAGCAGGGCAUUUCGCAGGGCCAGGUAGUCGAAGAGGAUAUCCUUAAC